CCUCCUGGAGAGGAAGCCCUGCAAAAGCCAUGUUUGGAGGGGGAAGAGAGGAAGUGGCGUCCUCUUCCCUCGCCCAGGCAAGAUGGGGUGGAGGACACUGGGCCUCUAACUGAGCCCCUGACGCCCAGGUGGGGCAGGGGCUAGUCCUGUUGGGGCAACUGCCCAUGGAGCUUCCACUGGUUUAGCCUAUAGAUUGCAACUUCUGCCAAAAUGUCAUUGUCUCCUACUUCUACACAUUGUUCAGCAUCUGAAAAUGCUUGCAAGAUUUCACCAGGACAAGUCAAUCAGGUACGACCAAAACUGCCAUUGCUGAAGAUUUUGCAGGCUGCAGGUGCACACGGUGAAAUGUUCACAAUGAAAGAGGUCAUGCAUUAUCUAGGCCAGUAUAUAAUGGUGAAGCAGCUUUAUGAUCAGCAAGAACAGCACAUGGUAUAUUGUGGUGGAGAUCUUCUAGGGGAGCUGCUAGGACUUCAGAGCUUCUCUGUGAAAGAUCCAAGCCCUCUUUAUGACAUGUUAAGAAAAAACCUGGUUACUGCAACUGUUACAGAUGCUGCACAGACUCUCGCUCUCGCACAGGAUCAGAGUAUGGAUAUUCCAAGCCAAGAUCAACUGAAGCAAGGUACAGAGGGAAGUUCUAGCUCCAGGAAUGGAACUGAAGAAGGUGAUGAUCCUGCUUUGUCUACCUCACAGCGCAAAUGCAGAAAUCCAAAAGAAGAUGAAGACCUGAUAGAAAAUUUAGUUCCCAACAAGUCACCUAGGCUGGACCUCAUGUUUGAGGAAUGGGAUGUAGCUGGCUUGCCUUGGUGGUUCUUGGGAAACUUGAGAAACAAUUACACACCUAGAAGUAAUGGCUCAACCGACUUACAAACAAAUCAGGAUAUAGAUACUGCUAUUGUUUCAGACACUACGGAUGACUUGUGGUUCUUGAACGAGUCUAAUUCAGAGCAGUUAAAUGUUGCUGUAAAAGUUGAAGCUACUGAUACAGAACAAGCAAGUGAAGGAGGGAAAGAGGGUGACAAAAAGUUGAUUGAAGUUAGGAUUUUUGAUGACCUUGAGGACUCUCAGUGCUUAAGUGAUGACACAGAUACAGAAAUUAACUCUGAGGAUGAAUGGCAGUGCACCAAAUGCAAGAAGUUUAAUUCUCCAAGCAAAAGGUACUGUUUCCGAUGUUGGGCAUUGAGAAAAGAUUGGUAUUCAGAUUGCCCUAAGCUGUCGCAUUCUCUUUCUGUGUCCAAUAUCACUGCCAUGCCAACAAAGAAAGAUGAUCAAGGAAUUGAUGUUCCUGAUUGCCGAAGAACCAUCUCUGAUCCACUUGUCCGACCCAAAGAAGCAUAUAAGAUAGAAGAAAAGCCCAAACUAAUGGACCCUUGCAGCUCAGUGGAAUUUUUGGAUUUGGCCCAGAGUUCUGAAAGCCAGGAGACUGUUUCGAGCUUAGGGGAACAGUCAGACAACCUUUAUGAACAGAAAACAGAUGCAAUGGCUAUGGAAGAUUACAAAAAUCUCUUUAAGCCAUGCAAACUGUGUGAGAAGAGGCCACGGGAUGGGAACAUUAUACAUGGAAGGACUGCUCACUUAGUGGUUUGUUUUCGCUGUGCCAAAAGAUUGAAGAAGACUCAGGCUCCAUGUCCCAUUUGUAAGAAAUCAAUUCAGAUGGUCAUCAAAAUCUUUGUGGCAUAGUUUUUUAGCCCACUGAGUUUUAUAGACCUGAUAAACAGCUAUAUCAAGAUUCUAACAACAGUUAGUGGCGACUCACCUCUAGUAAGAGUGUGGUUUCAGUGUACCCCUCUUAUUUGUGCACCAUUUCUGGUAAACUCACCUGGAGUUUGAGCACAAAAUCUGUAGGCCUAGAUAACUUCUGAAGAUUCCCUUUUGAAGACCUAUUAAAAUGGAAUAACAGCUUUUUCAGAAAUUACUCACCUGAAUGAAAAAAAUAUAGAAUAGCUGCCCUCCUUUCCUUCACAGGUUGAAGUAGAUACAGAGGGAUUUGAGAGGGAGAAGAGACCAUUGAUCCACAUAUGAGUAUUUUUUUCUGAAUUGUUAGAGAUUUCAAGUUCCAGGAAAACUUAUUGAUGGUAAUAGAAUCUCUAAUAUCAAAGAUGACUAAGCUGGCAAUUUGAAAAUAGAAAUGUUAAUCUUAAGAUCAUUCCCUCAGCUUAUUGCAGUCUGGUGGAUCUCUUCACUUUGUAGUCUGAUUGCUGGCUUCUAAGAAGGACAAGGCCUCAAGCAAAGCAGAGUAGCCACUGAUGUGUCUUUUUGCAUUGUUCCUUAGACUGAACUGUUCUGUUUACUGAGCCAUCACACGUUAAAUGCUAGGCCGCCCAAGAACCCUUGGGUUUAGUACACAAAACUGCAUUCCCUGAAGAGACAUUGUCAGAGGCAUAGAAUAAAUGAUCUCAAUCUUGAACAGGACCAACUCUCACUUUUCAUAUUAAAAAAAAGUGAAGUUCAGAGAUAUUGUCAUUUUUUAAAGUCAAAGAGUUAAGACCAGGAUAUCCUGGAUUCUAAGAAAUAGGAAUGUUUAAAUUGCUUUUGCUCAUAAAAACACCAAAUUUUAUUGAAACAUUUUGAAGAUUAUCACUAUUCAAAGGUUGCCAUAAGACAAGUGAUAAAUUUCGGUCUUUAACAAUAAUUACCUAAACAUUUUGCUAUUGGACCAUAUUGUGACUAUUCUGAAACUUGAGGAAUAUUUAACCUCUUUUAUUUUCUCUGAAAAUGUGCCAGCAUUUUAGUCUACUGUUUUUCCUCUUCCAUUUUGCUAUAUGAAAAGAUUGCUUUUGAGAGUGGUUAAUAAGGUAUAUGAUAGAGAUCUACAUGAUUUGUACUAAGUUCAUUAUAUAACAAAUUCAGUUUUGAAGACGUCAACCACCUCUUAUAUAUCAGAUACUUUUCUAGGUGCUAUGUAAGGACUCAAAUUCCUGUUCACAAAGAAAAUUUAUAAUUUUUUACACAGUGCAAAUAUAUAUAUAGAUAUAGUUAUAUAGAUAUCUGCAAAUUUAAUAUUUCAGUUCUGUACAACUUUCCUAAAGCUUUCCUCAGCUUGUCUUUCUUUUACUUUUGUUUUUCAUUUAUCCCAUCCAUGCCAAGUAUUUGUCCUUGGAAGAUAAUAAGGGCUUCAUUAGAACCCAGCCUGAUUGCCAUUCCACAAGAACUUUUGGAUCCUUUUUGAGGACCCACCACUAGCCUCUGUUUUGGAUUGCUUUCUUCACUGCUAGUAUACCAAGUCAUGCUGUGGGCCCCAUGAGGUGGAACUGAAGCAGUACCUAGGCUCUUCCUGGAGUCUAGAGAGGGAAAGGAAAGUCUGUAUCUCUGCCAACCUCUUUCUACCUCCAACUUCCCUUGCUUUGAAAAGCAUAUGCUCACAGGUUCAUAAAACAAUAGCUAGAAGAAACAACAGGCUGUGUAUUCCAAGCUGAUCAUUUUACCGAUUGGGAUCGAUUCUACUCGUGUGAAAAGUCUUUAAAAGUAUAUGUUGGGGUAGUUAAGUGGCUCAGUGUGUAGAGAUGGGAGAUACUGGGCCCAAAUCUGGCCUCAAACACUUUCUAGUUCUGUCUUUGUAUGUGUUUGGUGUUUCAUAACAACAUUUCUGUUUUUGUUUUAAAAAACAGGUGGGUUAAAGUAAAGACUUUGAAAGUUAAACAGCAAAUUCCCAGCUUACGUUUGAAGAGGUUUCUUAGCUGUAUUAACUUCAUACUGUACUUAGUAUGUGUAAGAAUUUUAUAUAAGUAUUUAAGACUUAUUCUAGUCUUUCAUACUUUAAUAAGCGUCAGAUUGCCAAGUAUAGGUAUUGGUAUUACUAUUUCUUAGUAAAGUAUUUAAAGUUUUUCAUAAAUUUCUCUUAAGUUUAAAAGACUUGAGAAAUUACUCCCUCCCCACCUCAUAUUUCCUAAGAAAUUAACCUUUGACUCCUAGCAGCUAAGACAAUGGCCAACUAAUAACAGAUUUUUGUUUUGGAUGCAUUUUUUUUCUGUAUGUUUGUGUUUCAGCACAUUCCUUUGCAUUUGUACAUAGUUGUUGUGUGUGUCAUAGUUUUUUUUUGUGUGUGUGUGUGUGUUUUGAGGGAAGUAUUCUGAAUUCAUAAUGAUGAAUUUUUUAUUAGUUUUAGAUUGUAUCAUUAUUUUAGUCACUCCUAGUAACUACAAUAUUGGCUUCUUGGUUAGAGUCAUUUAUAUGAAGCUAGUGCACCUUAGUUCAUGGACUAUAAGAGCAUUUUUGGAUGGCAUUCAUUGUUGCCAGGCUUUGUAGUUCAGAACAAACAACUAGCUGAUUUUUCUUCUAUUGAGCUCUAGGAAGUUAUAGAAAGAGCUCAUGGUUUUGAUGCUGUGAAUUUUUGUUAUUUGUUUGUUACCUUUUCAAAUUGUUUAGACCCUCUUGUAAUACUAAGAGCUGUUCAUAUAAGUGAGAAACCUUGACUUAGAAAUUUACCAAGAGAAUAAUAAUAAUAUUAAACUAUAUAUGAAGAAUUGCAGAACAGGAACUGGUUACAUGAACUCUUUGUACCCUAUGCCUAGAGAACCUGAUGAAAUAUUAUUCCCAUUGCCAAAGGGGAAAUAUGAUGUUUCACAAAUGUCUUAUCAUUUCAUUGCCUCUAAAGAUGCUACCAGCAUGUGUUACUGGAAUUUUCCAGAAGUACUUUUGAUUAGAAGUUUGUUUAAUGCAGGUCAGAGAAUGAAAGGAAAGCAAGAUUUUUGUCUGGAGAUUUAUGGGCAAGGGGAGUCCAGGAGGGAGGUGGUAGGCAUCUUAUUGAGGACUCAUUUUUCACGAGUGCUUUUUAUACUCCUUUCAUACUUUGAGCCUACUUGUUUUUUGUAGUCAUUACUAUGCUCCUUGUAUUAGAGCUUCCAGAAAGUGACAUACUAAUAAUAUGUUCUUUUGCUCUGAGAGAAGCAUUAUUGAGAUGACUCUCUUUAAUUAGGUCUUUUUAAGGAAACCAGCACAUUAAGGUCUUACUUGUAUAUUUAUAUGUAGAGGUAGGUUUCUUCUGCAAAAGCAAGAGGCUUUUUAAGGGGCUGUAAAAUGUCAAACAGUAAAAUAAUUUUUGAAAGGCAUAUUAAUGUAUAUUUCAGGGUUAUCUGAAGUCCAAAAUGCUAUCGCCAUUGCUGCUUAUGUUUUGCCCAGUAAUUUCUUGCCUCUUGGGUGUCUAGCUAGGUGUCUAGUCCCAUCAUUCCAAUCCUCAUUCUGGGUAGACUACAUAAAAGGCAAUGCACACAAGUACAACAUUUCUACUUUAGAGCAGCUAUUUAAUUCUUCAUAGUCAGCCUUUUCUGGGAAGUGAGCACUACUGGUGUUAGAUCAGGAUUCCCUUAGUCAUUGCAUAUUUGUUUUUUCAUUUUCUGUUUCUAACUAGUUUGAGGCCAUUGGAUUUUAGGUUAGUGCUUCUAUACUUGAAACCAAUAUGCACAUGUCCCUCCUAAACAACCUUACUAGUUAGUAUUUAGCAAUUAAUUUUUGGAAUAUUGCUGUUAAUAUCUUGGGGAUAAAUAUGGAUGGGGUUUAUUGUGAGGAUAGGAAAGAUUGUGAUAGCAAAUUUCCAGUGGAGUAAUUAGAGGCUCCCUGGGCUUCUGGACUUAAAGAAGACCUCCAGCCAGCCCAUGUGACUGAGCACUAUGAAACAAGGUUUGUCCUUCUAGGGUGAGCCUCUUGUCCUGUUGUUGGCCACUUAGGUUAGCUUCCUUUUCGGUAAAAACCAAAGUUUCUCCUUUACUUAGUUCCUUUAACAUGCCACUGAAAGUUUGGGGGAUUUGAAAAAUCCCUUCAGAUGAAGUGCCUAAACACUAGCAUGCUUUCUCUUAGUCUUUGGGAUUAGUGAGGACACAAGGCAGGGGGAAGUCGGAUACUAAAGGACCGAGCAGGCAGGCAGGGUGGGUCUUAGUAGAGAUGAGGACCCUUUGAAGCAACAGAUUUUACUUCAGUGUGGAAUACUCAGAGCUCUGCCAGAGAGGCAUGGGGAAGAUUGAGUGUCAAGAGCCCCCUCUGGAAGGUUUAAAAAUCCCUAUGACUUCAAUGCUCUUUUUUUUAUGAUGAACUUAACACAAAGAUUUUAGUACCUAUAACAGUAAAUAGUGGCUGUAUGCAAAGCCGUAAAUUUGUUUUGGGUGCGAUUUUUAUAUAGCUUACAUUUCACACUGAAGUAACUAACAAAAGUUAUAAGUGUUACAUUAGGUUGUUUCUGAACCUAUUUUUGUUUUCUAUUUAUUUUGAAAUUUUUAUUCUCGUAUGUAUAUAAGCCCUUUUGACAAGUAAGUAUGGUCAAACAAAGCAGUUUAUCAUGUUGGUCAUAUCUGAAAAUGUCUCUUUUGUCCUGCACCUUUAGGCCUUUCUGUCAGGAUUGAGAAGUCAGAAGGUUCUGUCCUGCCUCCACCACUAAGUUGUUGUUUGACCUUGGGCAAGUCACAACCAUUGAACCUCAAUUUCCUCAUCUGUAUAUGAGGAGAAUAAUCCCUAUCUUGCCUACCUCAAGGGUUGUUUUGAGGAUCAAGUGCUGUAAAGCUGUAAAGCUGUAAAGCUUUUCAGUGAUGACAUAUACAAAUACUCUGCUACAUAAAGUAUAAGUAAUUGGUAGUGAAGGUGGUAUGACCCUGUUGUCAGACAGAUGGAGCUCUUGGGCAGAUGUUCCAAGUACUCACCCUCAGACAUCAGGUCACUAGACUCGUGAGUCUCCUGUCCAAGCAGCUCUCACCAGUUCUCUGUGUACAGUAGGUACAGAGGACCAAGUUGUUUUGUCAGGUUAAUGGCCUUUCUAUGUAGCUUUAGGUAGUACUUUCCAGCCUGUAACUGCCAUGCCAUCAAACGGGAACUCACAAAUUCUUGUUCUCUGCACUCGCAAAAGUUCUCGUAGUCUGCAUUUGUAUAGUUGGUACAAAAGUCACUGCCAGCAUGCCAGUAAGCAUGCAGUUUAAGUUAAAUUUUUGCACAAGUGCUUAAGGGAGUAUUUUUAUUUUAGGGUUUGGCAGAAAGCAUUGCUAGCAAUUUCUUGACAAGUAUAAUGACGUGUUCCUAUAUUAAAAAAAUGUAUUUUUGUUCUUAACAUAGUUUUCUUAAGAGGCUUUAAUUCUACAGCACCUAUGUAUAUUUGGUAUUUGCAAUAUUUAAUGCUUUUGAAUAAAUACUGAUGCUGUAUUUUGCUUGUCCAUAAUAAAUAGAUGUUUAAUUUUG